GAUAAACAAUUCAAGUCCGCAAAAUACACGUUUCGCGUUAGCUGAAAGUUUUACAGUAUUUAUUUAUUUGUUCCUUUUUUAUAAAAACUCAGUAGCGACUGAACUGAAGCUGACACCAGACAAAAUAUGGAUGAUUUUCAAGGCUCUGAGGAGACCUCAUUUGUGGUUGAAGAAGUCAGCAAUAUCAUCAAAGACUCAAUAGAAGGUUCAAUAGGUGGAAAUGCAUACCAGCAUAAUAAAGUAAAUCAAUGGACAUCAAGUGUUGUAGAGCAAUGUCUGAAUCAAUUGACGAAACUGGGAAAACCUUUUAAAUAUAUUGUAACUUGUGUUAUCAUGCAAAAAAAUGGUGCUGGCCUUCAUACUGCAAGCUCUUGUUACUGGGAUAAUUCUUCAGAUGGAAGCUGUACGGUGCGAUGGGAAAAUAAAACAAUGUACUGUAUCGUUAGCGUGUUUGGUUUGGCUAUAUAAAUGUAGUAGUGGAGAACAUUUUGAUUAUUGUUGUACAGUUGUUAUGUAUAUUUAUUAAGUUAACAUUACCGUAAGCACAAUAUUGAUGUCUUGUCUGCUUCUGCUUUGUUGCAAAAAGUUAGACAUGUAUUCAGCUUGUAAUCCAGCGGUCAGUAAAUCGUUAUUGUCUAAUUAGAAUAUACCUUGAUUUGCUGUCUGCAUGAAUGCUGUCAAAUUAAUUAUAGGAAUUGUUUUAAAGUCUCUGACAAGAUAAAAUCAUUUUUUCUUUGGGCCCUAUUUUAUGUCCUGCAAAAUAUCCUUAAUGAAAUUUGAAAGAUUUUAAUCUAAUGACUACUGCUUCAAAUUUUUAGAUUGCACCCUUUGGAUGACAAGGCACUUUAGAAAUUAAACUUUUCAUGUCCCCAUUAAACAAAUUAAUGUUGUUGUUGCAUCACUAAUAAGGCAAAGAUAUGUAGCUAUCUUCUCGCUUCGGAAAAAUAAAUAAACAACUUGUUCUGGUUAAUACGAACAAAAUUUAGUUUGAAAAGAAAGUCAUGUGUUGGAUUUUAUAACAGGAUGAGUUCAUUUUUAUUAAAUGCUAGGGAAAAAUAGUCCUAAUGCGUUUCAUUGAUUAAGGUUUUGAAGCUUAAAAACAUAGUUUGGAAGUUACUAUUUCUUUAUUGUUAUAUUAGACAAUUACUUGGUAUCACCAAAUCACUUCCUUCUCGCUAUUGGUUCUAUAUUUUUGAAUGUAGUAAUUAUCAAUUUAUAUAUACAUGUAUACAUAUUUGCACUUAUGUAAAGCAAACUUUAGUUUUUAUAAACUCUUAGUUAAAAUUCUUUAAAAUGCUGUUCAAUUAUUUUAUUGUGAAAGCGUUUUUUUCCAGAAGAAUCUCAAAUGUU